ACGCCCCUCUCUGUGAUUGGCUGCGGCGGCUGUGCUGUGCAGACUGUGCUGCGUGGUGUGAGCAGUGUGCGCUGAGCUGCAUCAGAUUCAGGAUCAGGAUGAAGCUGCAUUACUGGGAUAUUCGCGGGCUGGCCCAGCCCAUCCGCCUGCUGCUGGAAUACACCGGCGCCAAAUAUGAGGAUAAAUUCUACUCCUGCGGAGAAGCACCUGAUUACGACAAAAGCUGCUGGUUUAAUGAAAAACCUAAACUCAAAAUGGAUUUUCCUAACUUGCCGUAUCUUGAGGACGGAGACAGGAAGAUUUCUCAGAGUAAUGCUAUAAUGAGAUACAUCGGCCGCAAACACAACCUCUGUGGAGAGACAGAAGAUGAGAAGGUCAGAGUGGACAUCCUGGAGAAUCAGGCCAUGGACUUUCGCAAUGGAUUCGUCAUGCUCUGCUAUUUGAACUAUCAAGAAAAAAAGGCAGGAUACCUGGAGGCUCUGCCUGGAGUUCUUAAGCAGUUUUCAGACUUCCUGGGGGACAGGAAAUGGUUCGCAGGCGACAAGAUAACAUUUGUGGACUUCAUCAUGUAUGAAUUGUUGGAUCAGCACCGCAUGUUUGAACCCAAAUGCCUGGAUAACUUCAAGAAUCUCCAAGAUCUGUUGGACCGAUUUGAGGCACUUGAGAAGAUCACAGCCUACAUGAAGUCCAGCAGGUUUAUGAAGACGCCUGUGAACAACAAGAUGGCAAAGUGGGGAAACAAGAAGGAGUAAAUAAAGUGACCCUUUGUUUGCUUUUAGAGACAAUUCUAGUGCUGUUAGGCUAGUGUCUGAGUGUUACACACUGCUGUGAAGUGCCUUAUAAUCAUAGCUGUGAAAGAACAGAGCAGUUUAUAGUGAUCAAACUACAUUCCAGUAUUGAUCUUUACAUUAUUAUGUUUUUUGUUUUGUUUUAAAGGUACUUAAAAAAUCAAUAUGAUGCUAAAACACAUAGCAUAGCAUAUGUUUAGAUGAACAUUGUGAAAGGAUUUCAUUUGUGUCUUAAAGUUGCUGAUGAGCAUUAGUUGUGUUUGGGCUUGUUAGUUUAGUAUUGUUACAGAUUAGAAUUACAUACAGAAAAGCAAUAGGCUCUGUCCUCCUCUUGUCUUGCAAUAAAAGCUUAAACAUUU